CCAAUCUUUCUCUCACUUUCUCUGUUUAAAAAACCCUUUUUCUUUCUUCAAUUACGAUUUUCUGCAUUGAUUUUGACAGCGAAAAUGUCGGGAAAAGGAGCUAAAGGUUUGAUCAUGGGGAAAAAUGCCGCACUCAACAAAGAUAAGGACAAGAAGAAACCUACCUCUCGAUCUUCUCGCGCCGGUCUUCAGUUUCCAGUUGGGCGGAUCCACCGACUCCUGAAAGAAAGAUCCACAUCAAACGGGCGGGUUGGAGCCACAGCAGCCGUUUACUCAGCAGCCAUCUUGGAAUACUUAACCGCGGAAGUCCUUGAGUUAGCCGGGAACGCAAGCAAAGAUCUCAAAGUAAAGCGUAUAACUCCAAGACAUUUGCAACUUGCAAUCCGUGGUGAUGAAGAACUCGACACUUUGAUCAAAGGAACUAUAGCUGGUGGCGGUGUCAUUCCUCACAUCCAUAAGUCACUCAUCAACAAAUCGUCUAAAGAGUAGUUUUCAACUUUUCAUGCUUUGGUUGUCGUUAAGACCGUUAGUUUUAGUUGGUAGUUAGUCUUGAUUGGACUUUUUUAAGCUUGGCCGUGAUUGAUCUGGUUCGAACCAUGCGUAGAUGUCUUGAUCCAAGGGUUGGCUAUUUAAUGUUCUUGUUGGAAA